GCAGGCGGAUGGCCGCGGCGCUGCGUAGUGGCCGGCGCUUUUCCCUGCUGCUACUGCCGGCGGCGACGGGUCCGGGUCGCCCAGGCCGGCUCGGCUCCCUGGGUGCUGCCAUGGAACAACCCGCCGCUCUCCCGGCGCGGCCGGGCAGCCCCGAGGGCGGCGCGCAGGCAGGCGGCGGGGGCUGGCUGGGCGCGUUGCGUUUCGACAACCUGGCGCUGCGCUCGUUGCCGGUGGACGCCUCAGAGGACGGCGGGCCGCGGGCCGUGUCCGGCGCCUGCUUCUCCCGGGUGCGGCCCAGCCCGCUGCAGAACCCGCGGCUGGUGGCCAUGUCGCUACCGGCACUGGCGCUGUUGGGACUGGAGGCGCCCGCGGCCGAUCGGGAGGCGGCGGAGGCCGAGGCGGCGCUGUACUUCAGCGGGAACCGGCUGCUGACGGGCUCGGAGCCGGCGGCGCACUGCUACUGCGGCCACCAGUUCGGCAGUUUCGCGGGGCAGCUGGGCGACGGCGCCGCCAUGUACCUGGGUGAGGUGCUGGGCUCCGGGGGCGAGCGCUGGGAGAUCCAGCUCAAGGGCGCUGGCCUCACCCCCUUCUCCCGACAAGCUGAUGGUCGGAAAGUCCUGAGGUCAAGCAUACGGGAGUUCCUGUGCAGCGAGGCUAUGUUUCACCUAGGAAUACCAACAACAAGGGCUGGAACAUGUGUGACAUCAGACUCGAAAGUCAUCCGUGACAUAUUUUAUGAUGGGAAUCCAAAAAGUGAAAAGUGUACAGUUGUUCUGAGAAUAGCUUCUACAUUUAUAAGAUUUGGUUCUUUUGAAAUCUUUAAACCUACCGAUGAAUACACAGGACGCAAGGGUCCCAGUGUUAACCGAAAUGAUAUUCGAAUACAGAUGCUUGAUUAUGUGAUUAGCACUUUCUAUCCAGAAAUCCAGGAGGCUUAUUCAGACAACAGUAUUCAGAGGAAUGCUGCUUUCUUCAAGGAGAUAACAAAACGGACAGCAAGAUUGGUUGCAGAGUGGCAGUGUGUUGGGUUUUGCCAUGGUGUGCUGAAUACAGAUAAUAUGAGCAUAGUUGGACUGACCAUUGACUACGGCCCUUUUGGAUUUAUGGACAGAUAUGACCCUGAGCACAUUUGCAAUGGUUCUGAUAAUACAGGGCGCUAUGCUUACAACAAGCAGCCAGAGAUUUGCAAGUGGAACCUGGGGAAGCUUGCAGAAGCUCUAGUUCCAGAGCUGCCCUUGGAAAUAAGUGAACUCAUCCUGGAAGAGGAAUAUGAUGCAGAAUUUGAGAAACAUUAUUUGCAAAAGAUGAGGAAGAAACUAGGCCUAAUCCAGCUGGAAUUAGAAGAAGAUAGUAAACUGGUGUCUGAACUCCUUGAAACCAUGCAUCUCACAGGUGGAGAUUUCACAAAUAUUUUCUACUUGCUGAGUUCAUUCUCAAUAGACUCUGAUCCUUCAAAAUUGGAAGAUUUCUUAGAAAAGCUUACAAGUCAGUGUGCAUCUGUGGAAGAACUGAAAGUUGCUUUCAAACCACAGAUGGAUCCAAGACAACUGUCAAUGAUGCUAAUGUUGGCUCAGUCUAAUCCUCAGCUGUUUGCAUUAAUUGGAACAAAAGCUAAUAUAAAUAAAGAAUUAGAACGCAUUGAACAAUUCUCUAAAUUGCAGCAGUUAACGGCAGCUGAUUUACUAAGCAGAAAUAAAAGAAACUGGAAAGAAUGGCUGGAGAAAUACAGGGUCCGUUUGCAAAAAGAAAUAGAAAGUGUUAGUGAUGCUGAUGCCUGGAAUACUGAUCGUGUGAAGGUCAUGAAUUCAAACAAUCCAAAGUAUAUCUUGAGAAAUUAUAUUGCCCAGAACGCCAUAGAAGCAGCUGAAAAUGGGGAUUUCUCAGAGGUAAGAAAUGUACUGAAACUCCUGGAGAAUCCAUUCCAAGAAGCAGAAGGCUUCAGGGAGGUAAAGGAAGAUGCAGAAGAGGAGGGAGCAAGUGCUACAGCAGCUGCUUGUGCUCAAGAGACCAGAAGCAGACUACCAUACUGCAGUAAACCUCCACUAUGGGCUUCAGAGCUCUGUGUUACAUGAUCUUCGUAACUGCCUUGUUUUAUUUUUUGCUGUAAACUGAAGACUCUCAUCCUCCUUCAGCAGUGAAGAAUUCAGCAAGGCAAACAUCAAAGUGCUAUUAAGUUAUCGAGACAACCCUACAUUUGGAUGCAUCUGCAACAGUCUUCAGCUGUGCUUGAUUUGAAGCACUUGUGGAUAUUGGAACAAACCAAUGACAAUCGACAGUCCAUACACAUCAGUAAUUUAAAUGUUUUGAGACUGAAAGUCUUCCCUUUAUUCAUAUUGCAUUGCAAGUAGAGCAAUAUUUUCUGUUGAAGCAGGCUGAAUUUCGAACAUCCAAAUGGAGUUGUUAUGUGAAGACAAAAAUAGCGAAAGUCAGGAAUCUGAUCUGUUUUUGUCUGAUGUCUUAACUAAUAGUACUUCUCACGUUUAUUUACUGCUUUCUCUAUGCAGGGACUUGUAGUCCUCUAACAGAGGAAUAGAUUCAGUGUUGCUUGUUUUAAGCUAUGUUUCAUUUAAUUAAGUAGCUCAUUUCUUGUGAACCUUCAGACUGGUUAUCUAUUUUUACAGAAUUUAUGCAGGCUAAGGUGGGGUGAGCACUUGAAUGUGGUGUUUUGUUUUUAAAUACAAUAAGAGCAGAAUUAAGGGAGACUGUGUAUAUUUGCACUUGAAAAUCAUGCUGGUAAAGUUUAUUCAGGUUCAGUAUGUUUGCAUACAACAUGUGUAAAUAUUUACUAAAAUCAUGGAUGCAGUUUGUCAGCUGAUUGACUCUGGCAAGGUCAGUUAGCCAAAUCAGAAUGAACCUUAAACUACCGCAGUACUCAAAUCCAAGUUCAUUGUCUAUAUAUUUGUGUACUCUUCGUAGAGUCUCCUUGUAUGAGAAGCGCACAGGUGGGGCACCUGUUCGUUCACACUGGUCCAUGGGAUUCUUUCAUUCCGCCUCUGGUCUUGUACUGCUUAGUUUGCUUCCAUGGUCUUUGAAAAUCUUUACACUGAAAGUUGCUGUUCAGGAACACGCUGUUUGAGCAUCUGUAAAAGAUGAUAGAGGAUAUGGGAGAAGGAUGGGAGCUGACUUGCUUGCAGGUUACUUAUUGAUAGUAUUUCAUGUCAGCAAAAAAAAGUCGUUCCGUAGUUAGCUAUUACUUACCUUUCUAAGCUUCUUUCUAAAGGACUCUACUACUGAUUCAGAUACCUGAAAUCUUGGGAAAAGUUUGAUUUAAUGCAAAGGUUUCUCUCUUCCAAAGAGACCGCUGUCUUACACUGUGAGUUUACGCCUACUCUAGUAAAUUCUUCCUCCACCUCUGUGCAAGCUUGGUAUUAGCUCAGGUUGAAUUGUGCUCUUUUAAGUCUUCCUCAACAUACGAGCUGUGGAAAACCAGGGAGAACAGCUGGGCUACUGCUUAUCCAUCUGUGCUAAUAAUGAAUUUGUCCUCCUUGCUGCCACAGUAAAUAGGUGAUGCUUUGAAUGUAAACAUUCAUUCUGUCUUGCCUUCGACCUGGAGAAACUGAUGCUGGAUAAUGAGUUGUGACAGACUAGAAUCUCUGACAAAGACGGCGCUUUCUGUGACAUUUCGGAGUCCUUGCGGAAAAGGACAACCUUGAAGGUGUAUUUACCUAGUCCAUGGAAGAAUGGUGUAGUUGAACGGGGAAGUACCUUGAAGAAGUGGGCAACAAGUGAUGGGAGCCUGUGCAGCUGGCUGUCUUCUAGAGAUAAUGCGUUUUUGUAGGUGUUUCAGACCGUCAUCGGGGAUUAUCCUUCCUCUGCACUCGGGGGUACUGGAACGAACCAUUUAAUGGAAACUUGAACAGAAAGUCAGUGCUGGAUAAAAAGGACUGCGCCGGGGAGGGACAGGGAAGGGAAGUGUGCUGGAAGUUUGAAAGAUGCUUCAAACAUACCCCUGACAAAUUUGCAGAACCAGUGGUCUCUUACGCUGUGCCCAGUCCAGAAGGGAGUGAUGGGGGGCACGUUGCUCCAAGCUGAUCCACAGAACUCUGUGCUGAUUUUGGUUCUCAAUUUAUAUCUUUCGUUUUGAGAGGCAGAGGGGAACAGUGUUUUGCAGGAGCUCUGCCCAAGCUUUUGUCUUACCAGAAUGGUCUAAAAAGUAAUGAUUUUACACCACGCUUAAGGGAUCAAGUCUUUUUAACAGCAUUCUGAUAUUAAUUUGGGGGGGUUGAGUAGAUCUUUAUUAAUAAUGGUGUGGAGAAGGAGAAUGAUGAUAUAACCCUGUGUUUGGACAUAGGAGAACUUGAAUUAACUACCAAAUUAUUUUGCAUUUAAAGAUACAUUUUGCACUUACAAUGCCAAAAUCAUGGAGAGAGACUUCAAAAUAACUUGCUAGCAAUUUUAUCCUUAAAAAGAGAAAUUGAAUGUAACAGUGAGGAAUGAAAAUGUGGUGUCAUUUCUUGCUAAAUACAUUCUUUGCUUACCUGUAGAUCAAGUGCAAGAGGUGUAGAAAGCUUGAAAUGAUGAAUGCAGACUCUUGGUGUGGCUGCUUUGGCGUGCCACUCAGUAAAGUUGUAUUUGUAAUAGAUGUGGUGUGUUCGCUGACUGAUAGAAAUCCUAAGAGGGUAUUCGCGUAGUCUUAACUGUGCUGACAUUCAACUGCUCGGUUUCUCAGUGCAUGCAAUAAUAUUGAUGCUUUGGGUUGGAAGAAGCAUGAUGAUCAGAAGCCACAUGGAAGGCCUGUGCUCUUCUAGCACCCUCAUUUCAGAAGACGGAUAGUAGUUUCAGCUCUGAUGAUAAUGAGUUUCUUUUGUUCUUGUUCUGGAGUAGUGUGGAAGCAGGAGGUUUUUCAGGACAAUUACACCAAAUUUUGUCCAGGUAAGAACAUUAUCUCUAAGCUUAGUUCUUCAGAGAGAAGGGAAUACAGCUUGUAACAUUUGGGAGUCUACAUACUUGAAUCAUAAAUUGCUUCUUGAUUUUUACAGCUUGUAUUUGCAAUAGGAAAACCUGAAAGUAAUAUUUCUUAUUAGUCAAAUAUUCUACUUAUUUAAAAGCCAUGGACUUACGCUCAGAAUGAAUUGGUGACUCUUCAUGUCAACAGCUUUCUCUGGAAACACUUGAUCAGACUUUAAUCUGUGGCUGUACAGCCUGAACUACCCUUGCAUAAAAGCAAGUGUACCCAGAUUACAAAACUGCAGUGAGAAGCUCUUGGAGACGUGUCUCUGGGUAGUCUCAUGUGGUAGUGGGACUCCACUUAUGACUUCAAAAGAUUUCACCAUAAUUCUGCUUCACGAGCUUGUAAAUCUACAAUUGCUGAAUGUUUUGCUGUCAGCUCUUACUUUGGAAUGGUUCGUGUUGUGGAUUUGUGUUUGUUUUGGGUUGGUCUGUUUGGGUUUUUUUCCAAACAAGUGCUAUGGCUUUCUUUUGAUUCUUUUAUUAAAAAAAUUAAAAAUGCAAUUU